AUGUUGGAUCAUCAACAACAUUUGACCCAGAAAGACGGAUCGUGUUGGCCGGUGACGGUGCAUAAAGUCACACCGAACAUUGCAUUGAGUGGCAACUCGGCGACGGAGUCUGUUGCAGUGUUGUGUAAUCAUCUUCGGCGAACAGUGCUUGCUCAUCAGGGUGGGAAGGUCAGUCAAGCGGCGCUGAGGAAGGUCUUUGAGACGUAUCAGGCUGAGAGGGAGGAGAGGAUGUACGAGAUCCUGAAGCUUUCUUCGCUGAUCACGCGGGUUCAGGCGUUGGAUGGGCUGGCGAUGAAGCUUCUGGCUACUUGGGUGCUCCCUUUUCAGGUUGAUCAUAAGCUGACAGACCAGAUGGGGGAGUUGAUUUCUGCAGCGCCAAAGUUGGGUUAUGUAGAUGUUAGUCGGGGGUUCGCACUAGGGAAACUGCCAUGGAAGGACGAGAUUGAGACUUAUACCGCGACGCCGAAGGGCGCUCUGUUCAGCCGAUUGCUGGUGUAUCUUGCUGGGGGUUUGACGGCGUUGAUAGUGGCUUAUGCUUUGUCUGUUUAG